AUGGCCGCGAGCGGCAGCCUCAAGAGGAGGUUCGAGGACGCGGACGCCGGCUCCGCCGGCUCCAACUCGGACGAUGAGAUCUCCAACAGCGACAGCGCCGACAGCUGCGACAGCGUCAACCCGCCCAGCUCCGCCGGCUUCAUCCCCACCUCCAUCCUGAAGCGGCAGAAGCAGCUGCGCCGCAAGAACGUGCGCUUCGACCAGGUCACCGUGUACUACUUUGCGCGGCGCCAGGGCUUCACGAGCGUGCCCAGCCAGGGCGGCAGCUCGCUGGGCAUGGCCCCGCGCCACAACUCCGUGCGCCGCUACACGCUCUGCGAGUUCGCCCAGGAGCAGGAGGUGAAUCACCGCGAGAUCCUGCGCGAGCACCUCAAGGAGGAGAAGCUGCACGCCAAGAAGAUGAAGCUCACCAAGAACGGCACCGUGGAGUCCGAGGAGGCCGACGGCCUCACACUGGAGGACGUCUCGGACGACGACAUCGACGUGGAGAACGUGGAGGUCGACGACUACUUCUUCCUGCAGCCGCUGCCCACCAAGCGGCGGCGGGCGCUGCUGCGCGCCUCGGGCGUGCACCGCAUCGACGCCGAGGAGAAGCAGGAGCUGCGGGCGAUCCGCCUGUCACGCGAGGAGUGCGGCUGCGACUGCCGCCUCUACUGCGACCCCGAGGCCUGCGCCUGCAGCCAGGCGGGCAUCAAGUGCCAGGUGGAUCGCAUGUCCUUCCCCUGCGGCUGCUCCCGCGACGGCUGCGGGAACAUGGCCGGCCGCAUCGAGUUCAACCCCAUCCGCGUGCGGACUCACUACCUCCACACCAUCAUGAAGCUGGAGCUGGAGAACAAGCGCCAAGGCGGCCGGCCCCAGGCCCCCGAGGAGGAAGCGGCUCACGGCUCCGGUAGCGACUGGCUGGGCGCGCAGCCCUCGGAGACGCAGGACUUCCAGGAGUUCAUGGCGGAGAACGAGACGGCCGUGAUGCACCUGCAGACGGCCGAGGAGCUGGAGAGGCUCAAGGCGGAGGAAGAUUCCAGCAGCGGCUCCAGYGUGGAGAGCCUGGGCGUUUGCAUCCUGGAGGAGCCGCUGGCCGUGCCCGAGGGCCUGUGCCCGGCUCUCAGCGCUCCCAUCCUCAUCCAGGCGCAGCUGCCGCCGGGCUCCUCCGUCCUCUGCUUUGCCGACGGCCCCGAGCAGGCGGCUGCGGCCGCAGGUGACCAGCCCUACUUGAACAGUGGCCCCGUGGUCUAUUACCAAGUGGAGCCGCGGUCCGUGCUGGGGAGCAAGGGAGAGAGCGGUGCGGAGGAGCCUGAGCCCUCCUCCUCCUGGCCUGUGGCAGCUCCAAGUGAGGCCGAAGUGGCCCCGGUCCCCGCCUCAUCCCCAGAGGCUCCCGCAUCGUCCCCGGAGGCUCCCGCGCCUGCCGAGAGCUGCCGAGCGGCGGCUGCUCCUCCCUCCCGCACAAACUGUCCGGAGCCGGAGCCAGAGCCGGCCCCGGAGCGCGAGCCGCCUUCGCUGGAGGAGCGGCCUCUGGCACCCGCCCUGGCCGUGUGA